AUGAGUGAUUUAGAAGACGAUUUGUUGGCGUUAGCGGGCGGUGCUUCCGACUCCGACAGCUACUCCCCACAGGCCUCGCCCAAGCGAGUGCACGAAGAUUUGCCGCCUUACCCGCUCGAGGCUAAGUACAAGGACUGGCAAGACAAAGCUGCGAUCGAAGCAAUGGACGAGAUGGAACGCGAGCGGAUCUUGUUCGAGAGAUCCGACGAGAUGGAAAAGUACCAGGAACGUCUCUACCUCCUCGACAGAUCUAGAAAAGCGCAGAAGGUGGCGUCUGAGAGCGACGAGGAAAUGACGGAGAGAACCUCGCGUGCCAAGAAGGUCAAAGACAGCGCGAAAUCCGACAAGAACGCAAAGUUGAACGAGUUGAGAAAGCAGAGAGAGAAAAAAUCCAGACGCGACCAGGCGAGGAACGAUGACGAUUACAGCGGGGAAGAAGAGUCCGAAGACGAGUACGCUGACGGGUUGCAGGACGAUUACGAAGACGAAGAGUACGGGGCCAAGCCAAGAAGAGGUGGAUACGAUGCGGAUAAGGAUGUGGAAUGGGCCGGGAAGAGCUCAUACGCCAGCCGCAACUUGUACAAGGUGGACGCCACGUUGCUGGACGUGAAGAAGAUUGCGGUGACACGGGCGGACUUUGCAAAGUACUGUUUCCACCCGGGCUUCAAAGAGGUGUUCCAGUCGUGCUUUGCGAAAGUCACCGUCGGCUUCAACAAGCACACACGCACGAACGAGUACCGUUUGGUGCAGAUCCACGAGAUCGUGGAAGACUCAUCCAAGCCCGCGUACGAGCUUGAGGGAAACAAGGUGAACAGGUACGUGGUGGCGUCGCAGGGAAAGUCGACAAAGAAGUUUUCCAUGAAGUACUUCUCCGACUCGCCGGUGACAGAGGAGGAUUACGCAAAGUACAUCAGGGAGUUAAACAAGGCGGGCGAGCCACUUCCUAACUUGGGCUUUGUGGACGACAAGUUCAGGCAGUUACGUGAGUUUUCCGCGAAAAAGAUGACGGCCGGCGAGUUUGACCAGAUGAUCUCGUCAAAACAGUCGUUUUCCAAAUCCAAGCAGGCGUUGAUCGCAGAAAAGGCGAUUCUCGUGGACAGACGUGCGGUUGCGUUGGAGGAGAGCGAUGCGGCGCUCGCGAGCGACCUUGCGCGUGAAAUCCAGGAGGUGGAUGCGAAGCUCAAGCAGGUCACCACUAACCACCUGUCACUCAACUCGUUGGACGCUGUGAACGAGCGCAACAGGCGAUUGAACACGUCGCUCAUCAGACGUGCGGAGAUUGCCAACAACGACGUGAAGAGAAAGCAGCAGUCCAACACCAGUGGGGUGACCAGUAAUCCGUUCCACCGGUUGAGAACCAACACAAGGAUUUUCUACCAGGAGGUGGCUGCCGAGGAGAACGAAAAGGCGCAGCAACAGGCCGAGCAACAGGCUGCGGAGAAUGAGGCGAAGAAGCGGUUGGUGGCGAAGCUGAUGGAGGAGAGCCGAUACAGACGGUUGGGGGUGAUAGAGGAGUUGAUCCAGGGCAUUGAUGUUUAG